AAAAGUGUUAUCUUCCCUCCACCACUUCCGACCUAUAACACUGUACAAGUGUAAACAAGUUCAAACAUAUCCCAAGGAAGCGGCAAUCAUUAUAAAUUUAAUCCAUCAGCUUUAUCAGACAGUGGGCCAAUAUUGAAAUUUUCUUGAAGAUGCAGAUUAAGAAAUUGAAUAUAUCUACAGAGUAUAAGCAGAAUUAUCUGCCCUUACAAUCCAAGAAAAGUGCCUCCUUCCAUCCUCUCCCUGAGCAGGUUGUGGAUCCGGCAGGGAAGGAGUCCACUAAGCUAGGUCUAACAAUUGAGCCGCCAUUGCAGAGGAAGAAACGAUGUACAGGCCCCCCUACAAGUUUAAGCACUGAUUUUAACCAGUUCCCAGACUCUGCCUCAGAUGAAUAUGCUUUGCUGGGACGGAAUGACAAAUUCAUGGAGAAUGUCCGCUAUAAAUCUAAAGCGCGACAGAGUCACCCGCUCCGAGAGGCAUCCCCUCCCAAACAGCAAAGGCUUCAGAAGAAAGAAAACCGAGGGGAUUUCAGACAAACACAUGCCCCAUUUGUAGACACGUCAAAAUUCCGACAGAGGUCAAAGGCUGAAGAACAACCCAGUACACCACUAACCCCGAGGAAGGAGAAAAACGAAAGCUCUAGUUUAUAUAAGGAAAUAGCCCUGAAGGAGAAGGAGGCAGCCCUGAGAGAGAAAUUCAUUAAGCUAGACAAGGAAGGCGAGAGACAGGCAGCCCUGAGGGAGAAAUUCAGUAAGCUAGACAAGGAAGGCGAGAGAAAGGCAGUCCCCAGUAAACUCAGGGAAAGUAAGGAGAAGUACAGUAAAACUAUCAAAGAGAACCGCAUGGAGUCAGCGGUCAAGGCCUGGGCCAAGGACAAGGAUAUCGGGAGCAUGAACGAGUUUGCUCAGACAAACCUCGACAAGGGUGUUGCUGACUCGGCUCCAGAGGCUCCAGCUGACUAUUCCUUGAGGUACAAGACUGGGGUUUCAGCCCCUCGACCAAGACGACACAAGUUCUCCGAAUACCAGAAGGCUUUUGAGUGGAAAAGUGGUGCUAAAGCUUCCCCGAUGUUAGCCGCUGAACAGGCAGUUGUUGCAUCAGAGAGUAAAAAUAAGGUUGUAUACAACAGCAAUCCUGCCCUGAUUCCUCCCCAGAAGACGUUUAUCAAGGACAGCGAAUACGCGGCCCAGUUCAAGCAGCACCAUGCCGCUCCUGUCAGUAGUGAUGACCUCAAGGCCGUCCCAAGGACAGAAAAACAGAGGUCAAAGGUUCGAAGAACUAAAAGCACAGGAUCUGUACGAGUGGACAAGAGACCCCCUGCUGGCAGUGGUCCUGUCAUAUCGUCAGACAACAAGAGACAGACCAUUGAAUCAGAACUACAGGGUGAAACUAAAGAGGUGCCCCCUCCCCCACCAAUUAACCAAGGACAACUGAAGCGACCAAGAAGUGAAUAUUACUCAAACUUCCGGUCUCCAACCAAGUACCAGUAUGACGGGGCGUGGCAUGGGGCUGACCCCCCUCAUCUACAGCCCACUAGGGAAGCAGCAGAAGAGAAGUCAGUCAGGAAGAGUGGACCAGCUGAUGAGAGUGCUCCAGCCUUGACAAACUGGUUUGCCGAAGUCAUCGAGUUGCGUCGUAAAGCAUCUGAGUACAAGAAACGAGCUCAAGGUACUCAUUUCUCUCGCGAGCACCUUGUCCAGCUCAUAGCUCAACAAGCUCAGGCUUGGGACAGCUUGAGUACAGCUCGCAGUGGAUCCACCACCCUCUCGGCGCUCUCACUCGAGUCUGGAGCGAGCGUCAGACUGCAAGCUCAGCAGAGGUUGAAAAUAGCUGAAGAGAAAAAUUUUGAUGAUAAAAAUGAUAUUAAGGAAGCAAACCCAACACAAAUCUCAUCAGCAAACAAAAACAAAUCGAAGCAGAGCACAACCUCCCCCGACAAAUUAGAAAGUACACAAUUCUCUAGCAAAUGCAAAUCUGAUCAAAUUGAAAUCUUUCCCAAGAAAACAGAGAACAAACAAUCUGCAAGCAAAGACAAAUCUACCCAGAUCUCUCCCCACAAAACAGCAAGUAAACAAUUCCAAGACAAAUCUAACCAGAUCUCUCCCCACAAAACAGCAAGUAAACAAUUCCAAGACCAGACUAAUGUUUCUCAUUCUGAUAAAACUAUUACCAGAAUAUCUCAGAUGGAAAACAAAUUAUUCUGUCCUGAGAAACUGAAUUUUAAAAAUCCUCAAGAACUGACCAAAAGCACUGGUCCUGAAAAAGUAAACAAUGACACACUACAGUUUAACAUUGAAAAUAAUCAGAACCAGAAAAUGGACAGCAAAGAAUGCAAGGAUUCCAAGGAAGUGGGUACGAAACUCUCCACCGAGACAGUGGGCACAAAACUCUCCACCGAGACAGUGGGCACGAAACUCUCCACCGAGACAGUGGGCACGAAACUCCCCACCGAAGCAGCUGUCAAAUCAAAGAGAGUGGAGAAGUUAAAGAAAAGUGGGGAUGAUGUUUCAAUGAUGGCUCAUGAAGGCUCAGAUGAAGAAAUAGGAAAACCUGACUUUAGAUCAGAAAGACAUCUGGACCUAACAGCCGUGCAGAGGGGUAGACAGAAAAGAGCAAAGAAGGCAGCAUGGCAGGAAGAGGCUAGGGAGGUGGCUGAAGAUGACAUUUCUUUAGUUGCAUAUGAGGGAUCAGACAUUGGGAGAUCAGAACUGCUUACUCAGAAGAACGAAAAAACAAGAGGGAGGGGGAAAUUCAGAAGUAGAAGGAAGAGAGAAGAGGAUGAAGCAAGUGACAUAACUCCUGUCUUGAAACAGUCUUCAAAGAUUGGCAGGAUUCCUACACCCAAACUGAGGUCAAAGAGUGCCUCUUCUACCAGACAUCACCUGGACAGGACCACACCUGUUGUGGGAGGGGCCAUGUUGUCUUCACCCCCAAGGCCAGAGAGAAAACUUCAGGUCAAGGUCAGCAGAUCAUGGUGCACACCACAAGAUGUUUACGAUGAUGACGUGAGCACGGUUGUCAGCAGUGAUAAAUUUGUUCCUGCUGCAGGUCAAUCGCUAACCAAGACAUAUGAUGUUAAAAAGGGUCCGAUUGAAACAACACCCACUUUUGGCCAGCCGUCUAAGGAUACCCACUUCUUGCGUGACGAUGAUGUCAGUGUUGACCAGCCUCUGCAGACAGUGUUUGUAGACAGUCCAGCGAAGCUCCGACAAACAGCUGAUGUAUCCAGUGGUGAUGAAAAACCAGCAAGGAAAAUCGAGAAGCCAACCAAAUUCACACCUCAGCAAGCCAUUAAGGAGGGCUACGGACAGACAUAUAACAAACCCAUGUCGUGGGGCAUUGAGGGAGGGAUGGUCGUACCCAGAAUUGAGGACGACUGUUUAUCACUCUCCGAGAGGUCGGUAGCCUCUAGCUGCUCUCUGGCGUCAGAAGUCUACGAGAGAGCUAGAAAACGCACCCAGGAAUUCUGGGGCAAGGACGGCAUUGCUUCUCGAUAAGACAAUUAUGAAUAUUAGUGCAUGUCCCUGUAGCUAAAGCGAAACUGUGAUACUGAAAUAGACAUAUUUAAUUCAGGAUCUUAAUUUUUAUUUAAUAUUGCAGCUUAUGUGUCGUUUUACUGUAUCCGUCCAGACAAAACGCAGCAUGUUGUUGACACAGUAUUUACAUCGAGUGUCUUUAUAAAUAUUGUAUGACUCAUGAUGACAUGUUUUGGAUGAAGAAGAAAGGUUUCAGGUGUCAUUUUUAAAGUUUUGAGUACAUGUUUCAAAUAGGGGUCAGAAAAUAAUUAAAUUACAUUUUAUUUGUAAGGCAGUAAAGAUAUAUGAUUGGAUGCUGUAUAUAGUUUUGAGUAAAGUCAUUUUCGUUGUUUUUCUUUCUUCUCUGUAUGAAUUUAAACUGAACUGUAUUCUACUGUCCAUCAAAACAUAAAGAUAUAUACGAUGAGUGAUGUACCAUUAGUUUUCAUACAAUCAUGUAUGUACAGAGUUUAAAAUUUGACCAGAAUUGUUUAUUUAUUGUAGGUUUUGCAUGAUAUUAAAAAUAUCUUAAUUAAUAUAAGAAUUUAUUUUAGAAUCUGUUUUGUGAAUUUUUUAGCAAGUAUUGUUGACACAGAGAUUUGUUUUACAUUUUAAAUUUAAUUUUUGAUUCGUUUUCAAUCCUCACUGGCAGCGUUUUGAAAAUUUUUGAUUUGGAGAAUUUUUUUAUUCUGAUUACUUGACGAUUUUUUUCACUUUUUUCUUUGAAUUUUCUUUAAGCUAGUAUACUUGUGGUUUUUGUUCAUUGUACCUGUACGUAUAUUAUAAUUUGUUUUCUUUGUUCGAGUUAAACUUUACUGAAUCUCAUAACACAAAGAAUGAUAUAUACCACCAUUUUUCAUGUCAACCCAGUACCAGAUCUAAGGUCAAAGAUUAUGUCAAUAUCUUACGAAGAAACUACAUGUACUUUGUUUGUAAUUCUUCAAUGUUAACAUGGAUUCUGAACUUGAAAGGUUCAAAUUUACAUGCAUGCCCUGCCUGUUAUAAGUUUGAAUUAAUGUAUUAGAUCUGCUUUAAAAAGACAUACAUUAAACUUACAUCUGUACGUAGCGAUUUGUGAACAGAGGAGUGCAGAACCCACACCAUUCUUCCUGUAUCAUGGAUCCGUAUUGACCGGGCAUAUUGACUGGGCAUGCAAUAUGGCUAAUGUGAGGACUCUUAUAUCAGAAGUGAUGAAAACUUGUAUUUAAUACUAGAAAUGUAAUGUAGACUGCUAAUUUGUGAUUUUAUUUUUAAAUGUUGUACUCAUCAUAAGAUUGUAAUCUCAAAGAAAUCUGUGUUUGGUUGUAUGAUUGUUAAAUUUGUUAUCGGGAUUGUUUAAUCCAAAUAGUCUUUGUUGUGUAGAUAGGUACUAAUUAAGAAUUUCUUUUUAGUGUUUUUGCCACAGCAAAGUUGGACUUUUUAGAUAAAUGUAUUUUAAAUGUUGAAAUAGUGAAUGAUAAUUAAAUAGAAAUAUAUACA